AUGUUUGUGUCUCCAUGGUCGACAGAAUUCAAUCCGGAGAUUCCUCUAAUCACCUCGGCUCCUGUUACAGUGGAACUCAGAGGUGUCCCUUAUCUCCUCUUCACCAGACAAAGUCUCAGCAGAAUUGCGACGGCGUUGGGGAAACCGGUUUCCCUUGCACCUGAAACAGAACGCAAAAAGUCUUUUGAAGUUGCGAGAAUGGUUGUUCGUGUGGAUCUGACCAAAGAUUUACCGUCGAAGGUUAUUUUUGGUUUCUCAAAUGGCAGAGAAGUGGAAAUUGAUGUCUCUUAUCCUUUCCUUCCACCAAGAUGCUCGUCUUAUAAGGAAUAUGGCCAUGCUUCUAAUGCUUGCUCUUUAAGGCCUAGUAACAUCUCUUCCCUCAUGCGCAGUAAUACGAGAUCGAGAAGUAAAGAGUAUAGACAUGGUAAAAGGUCUAGGCCAGGAAGGUCAAGGAGAACCGAACCGACUAAAUAUGUCUGGAUGGCUGUUGAAAAUCAGACUAUGCCAUUGAAAUUUACUAUAGAAGGGCCACCUGAGGUAAAACAGUCAACUGUUCUAAAGGAGGAUGUUGAUGUGGGUAACUCUGCAACUCAUACUACUACAGGCUCAGAGAAAAACACAAUAUCACCAGAUGGUAUUGCAUCAGAUUCAAUCGAAAAGCACAUCUCAGAAAAGUCUGUACAAGUGGAAGAGGAAGCUCCUUUCUUCUUGGUCUCGCGCAAGCAGAGUGGCCGUAAGGGAGCGUUUUGUGAAACGCAUAUACAAUCUAGUAAUUCAGGAAGAAUAUUGAGAGCAAUUCCACUAGGCUGGAAUUUUUUUAGAAAUUUUGAACAUCACAUCACGGGAAGGAUUGUGGUGGUCUGGGACCCGUCCGUGUCUCUAGUGAUCUAUCAAGCUUCUGCUCAAUUAGUUACUUGCGGCAUCUUCAUUCCUGCUCAGAAUGUAAGUUUGACAGUCUCCUUUGCUUAUGGUUUUAAUCUGGUCGAGCACAGAUUGUCUCUUUGGGAGGAAUUGUCAGAUAUUAAUGCAACUACGCCGGUUGCUUCUCACCCUUGGGCUGUUGUUGGAGACUUCAACCAAAUUCUUAGAGUCUCUCACCACUCUGAUCAUGCGCUCAGAGAUGUUGAUACGUCGGGUAUGGAAGACUUCAAUCUGGCUCUUCAGGAUGCAGAACUCUUUGAAGCUCAAGCUAAGGGUAUUUCCUUCACUUGGUGGAACAACCAAGAUGAUGAUCCUAUCUCUAAGAAGAUCGACCAUUCUCUCAGUAAUCAGUACUGGUAUGCUAGUUUCCCUGAUUCCUAUGCAGAAUCUUGGAGCCUUUGCAAUCAGACCACGCUGCUUGUCUCAUCAGGUCAAGCUUGGAAUCCUCAAGUUAUUCAAGGAACUCGUCAAUUCAAGCUGGUAAGAUCUUUAAAGCUUCUCAAGCUUGUUUUAAGGCGGCUCAACAAGCAUCAUUACAGUGGGAUAUCUGUUAGAGUUAAGACUCAAGCGGCCAAAAUUGCUAGGUUGCAGCGGGUUCUUCUAUCAAACCCUAAACCACAUAUAACAAGACAAGAGCAUCAGGCUAGAGAGGUGUGGCAGCUGCUUCUAACGGCUGAAGAGAAGUUUUAUUGUCAUAAAUCUCGUGUUAGGUGGGCUCACUUGGGGGACAGGAACACUCCUUUCUUCCAAAAGUCUGUCUUGCAACACGCUGCUAGAAAUCAUAUCCACUUCCUUAAAGAUCAGACGGAUAGGAGAAUUAAUACCAUCGAGGAAAUCAAAGCUCACUCGGCGGGUUACUUUGAGAAUACCUUGGGCUGUAUUGAGAUGCCUACAUCCCUGGUUUCUGUGAUUGAGUUACAAAGCUUGAUGCCUUUUCGCUGCUCUGAAUCUCAGAUCCAAGAUAUCCUGAAACAGAAUAUAAUCAGACUGCAUCAUCUUUGUAUGGCUCCGCCUCUCACUCACCUACUAUUUGCUAAUGAUUUGUUGGUAUUUUCAGAUGGAGCUCGUCACUCCUUAACUAGUACAGCUGAGGUAAUGUCUUCCUUCAAGCUUAUGAGCGGUCUUGACAUGAAUGCAUCGAAAUCAAAAAUUUUCUUUGGCGGUUACAUGGAAAUUGAACAAGCAGUUUUGAGCUCUUUGUCUGGUAUCAAGCUUGGUUCUUUCCCCACCAGGUAUUCGGGCCUUUCGCUUAACCCUGCUAGAAUCUCUUUUGCCACUCUCCAACCAUUUAUUGAGCGGGUUACAUCAAAGCUUCAUUCAUGGACAGUUAAGCUCCUGUCUUUUGCUGGUAAAAUCACUCUAAUUUCUUCUGUCAUCUAUGGGAUGGUGAAUUUCUGGAGUGCAGUAUUUGUCCUUUCGAAACGAUUCUAUGAGAAGAUAUACUCUCUAUGUGCUGCAUUUCUUUGGAAAAACAGAACCACAACCGCCGUUGGUGCUAGAGUGGCUUGGAAAGAGGUUUGUAAGCCAAAGCAGGAAGGAGGGCUUGGAAUAAGGCUGCUGGAGGACUUUGCUGUCGUAUUCCAACUUAAACUGAUUUGGAACUUGUUCUCUAAUGCAUGGUCUUUGUGGGUUGCUUGGGUAAAAGGAAAUAUUUUUCAGAGGAAGAGCUUCUGGGUCACACAGGACUCCCCUCGAUUCUCUCGAGCCAUUAGAAAUAUGCUCACUCUCAAAUUGGUUCUGCAAAACUUUCUCCGGUGCGAGUUGGGCGAUGAGAAGCAUGCUUCCUUUUGGUAUGACUCAUGGACUGCAUUGGGGCCUCUCAUUGAUUACAUUGGUGAAAUUGGUCCAAGACAGCUACGUGUCAGAAAAGAUGCCCGUGUGAUUGAGGCCACUCGGAAUGACGGCUGGAGAAUGCCGGGAGCAAAGUCUGAGAGAACGCAGACUUUCUUGCUCACUCUCACAACAAUUGCUCCUCCUGAGGAGUCAAGGGGUUAUGAUGUCUUCCUUUGGCGUAAGCCAUCUGGUACGUUCUCUCCAACUUUCUCCUCUAAGGAUACCUGGGAACAAAUGCGUGACCAUUCUCCUCGAGUUCCUUGGUGUAAAAAUUUGGUUGGCUCCACCCAUGACGCUACAGGCUGCAGCGAAUUAGAUUCUACAGCCGAGAUCUCAGGCGUCAUCACAGGCCUCCGUCAUCAUCAAAAUCAUCCUGCAAGCGACGACGUAUCUAAUUUGGCGUGA